AUGUCUUUGUCCAUGCAGCUAACCUAUUCGAAAGCCCAGGCCCGCGCUAUCUACGGCCCAAGGUAUCCCCAUGGCUCUACGGUCAAUGUCAUCUACAGCAGCGAGAAAUACGCAGACCGGGACCUCGUCGCAUGGCUCAUCGUUUACCCAAUGCCAGACAAUGCUGCCUUCAAGACUGGAAAAACCGUAUCGAACGAGUGGACUCCAAUUCUAAAGUCGCGGCGCAUAGGCGAAAAGGGAACUUGUUCCACCCUUCAGCGAGGCUACCAAGAUCUUCUGGGGAAGCUGCGUAACAUGAUGGUCGAGACUAUGGCUUCCAUGGAGAAGACGGAGGAGGCAGAGAAGUUGAAGAAGGACAACAUCAGCACUGAUAAGUAA